AAAGUUUUUUGAAAUAGAAGAAGAGUAGCUACCACUCCACUCUUUUCUUCUCUCUCUCUCUAUAUACAUCGCCAUUGUUAUUGCAUUCGAAGCUUUUAUAGAAGAAAUGGAGAAAAACACACCGGUGAGGAAACCACACAUGUCGACGGCGGAUCUAUUGACUUGGCCGGAGAAUCAACCGUUUGAGUCUCCCGCCGCCGUAGCUUCUCGCUCCGCCGCUAGAUCGCACCAGCCGUCGGAUGGAAUCAGCAAAGUUGUAUUUGGAGGACAAGUUACUGAUGAAGAAGUUGAGAGCUUGAACAAGAGGAAGCCUUGUUCAAAUUACAAGAUGAAAGAGAUCACAGGGAGUGGAAUUUUCUCAGUUUAUGAAGAAAAUGAUGAUUCUGAGUUAGGAAGUGCUAAUCCGGCGACUAAUGGCAAAUCAAGAACAUUCCAGCAACCACCAGCAGCAAUUGUGAGUCACAUUUCAUUUGGGGAAGAAGAGAUUGUUACACCGAAGAAGCCAGCAACGGUGCCAGAAGUGGCGAAGCAACGUGAGCUCAGUGGUACAUUGGAGUAUCAGUCUGAUGCUAAGCUUAAUAAGCAAUUCUCAGAUGCUAAGUGUAAGGAACUAAGUGGUCAUAACAUCUUUGCACCACCACCUGAGAUAAAAGCUCGUCCUACUGUUCGUGCUUUGGCUUAUAAAGACAACUUCGACUUGGGAGAAUCCGAUACCAAACCCGAUGGGGAACUGAAGACGGCCAAAAAGAUUCCGGAUAGGAAAUUCAUGGAUUUGUCGGGAAACAACGUAUUCAAAGGCGAUGCUACGUCUCCCUCUUCAGCCACGGCUGAGAAGCUUCUAAGCACAGCGAAGUUGAAGGAGAUAAGUGGCAAUGACAUAUUUGCAGAUGCAAAGGCUCAGUCUCGUGACUACUUUGGCGGCGUUCGUAAACCACCGGGCGGAGAAAGCAGCAUUGCAUUGGUCUAAACCCACUCUACCAAUAAUAAUUAUAUAGCCCAAGAUUAAAAUUCUCUACAAAAACUUAGAAGGUUCUAACUAUUUAUCUUCAUUAAUAGAUAAUGUACUUUUGGAUGUUUUUUUAUUUCUAUGUUUCCGGAUUUGUGUGAUUGAAUGGUUAUGAAAUGAUCGAGAUAGGCAAAAUCGAUGGGAGAUUGUUACCGGAAAGCUAAUCUGGUCUCUUUGGACUUUGUGGAGUUUAUUUGUUUUUGUGAGUUCAGACUUUAAUUAUGACUCA